AUGGUCGUCUAUAAUCACUCUUCAAAGAAUGGAAGAAUAAUUUCCACCAAUAAUACUCAUCCCGUUUCGUUUUCUUCCAGUUCCGCACAACACAACGGCUAUGAUUUUUCAACUUCGGACUCUGCUACUGCUUCUUCCAUUAUAGUUUCUCCUUUUGAGUCUCAAGCUUACUCCUACCAUCCUCAGACGAAUACGAAUGGUUUUUUUCAUGCUUCAGAUUCCAAUGGUGGAAAUAAUAUUCAUCAAAAUGGUAGUCAUGAAAAAGAUACUUUUCAAAGACAAAUGGUAGAGCAUUCAUCACCAUCCAUGUCGUAUCCUCCCAAAAAAUCUACAAAACAAUCACUGCUUGGAAAAUUGUUUGGCAGAAGGAAAAGAAAUCAUGGUGAUGACAGCAGUGAUGAAGAAGAGAUUUUUAUCAUUGAUUCUAAAAAUGGAGGAAAAGUUUAUCUUAAAAAGGAUAUGAAUGGAAUUCCAAAGGAUCCUGCUUCAUCAAUUUAUACAAAUAUCAAUAGUGCAGAUGCUGCUGUUGGGGAUGAAAAAUUAGAUCAAAAUGUUUUUGAAAGAGAUGUCAAUCAAGAUUAUUUUGUUUUGAAAAAGAAGAAAUCAAUCCAAGAAAUGACAAACGAAAUAUAUAAUGAGCCGAUUUCAGUGACAGAGAAUGUCAAGUACGAAGACAAACAAACUCGACUUUUGAAAAAGUCCAAGAAACAAGAAAAACUUUGGAAAGAAAUAAUGUCGCACAAAAAGACUGGCCUAUUUUUUUCAGUGUGGAAUUUAAUUAAUGACAUUAUCAGUCCAGGAACAGUUAGCAUGCCAGGUGUGGUUGCUCAAAGUGGGCUGUACAUGUCAAUUAUUUGGUUCGUCGUUUUUGGAAUUAUCACAAUCUUUACACUGUGUUUGGUUUACGAACUUGCUAGGCGCCACUUGAAACGAACUUUGCCAGAUCUAGCCAUGAAGGGCUUUGGAAAAAUAGGUUUUCUCAUUGCUUGUGUUUGCAUAUUUUUCUUCAACUUUGGAGGAGCAUGCGCUCAAUUAUUGAUGUUUGGACAAGUUGUUCCAGAUCUCUUACUCUAUUUAUUUAACGAUCCAAACAACAUAUUUAUUAGCCGAAGAGCUAUUCUAACUUAUCUUGUAGUUUUGAUCCUUCCUAUUGCAAUGCAAAAACGAUUGGGAAGUUUUGCUUUUUUCUCAUUCAUUGCUGUUGCCUCUGUAUUUGGAGUGGCAGCUCUUGUGAAUUAUGAACUCUUUUUUGGAGUGCCAAGAUACGUUCCACAUGAUCCUAAGGAAGCAUUUGCAUUUGUUCAUCCACAAUUUAUGAAUGCAUUGGGAAAUUUGGCGUAUAUUUAUAUUUGUCAUGACAUGAGCUUCCAUGUUUUUGACGAACUUCGAAGAGCAACUCGUCUCAGAUAUUACAUUGUAGUGCUUGUAACAGUUGCAUUAACUGUUGCUGCAUGCAGUGCUAUGGGUAUUGGAGGAUAUUUACUGUUUUGGGACAAAAAUCUUCGAAUUGCAAACGUUUUAGAAAUGUUUCCAAAAGGUGCCACGGUCGCCAUUAUUGGCAGAAUUCUUCUUACCACUUCUCUCAUCUUCUCCAUUCCUUACUCAGCAUUCCUUCCUAGAAAUGUCAUUAUUUUAAUUGUGAAAUUUUUAUUCCCAAGAUGGUACAAUUCACCAGAUGGCUUUUUCAAAUGUUAUUGCUGGAAUCCAUGGAGAAAGCGUAAACCUCCUAUUGAUUUAUCAGAACAGGACAGUUUAAUUAUUCACGAAGUCAACAAUCAAAAUCUCCAACACAACAAUAGCAAUCUCGCUACAAUCCCACAAGAAAAAGAUUUAACCAAAAAACGAGCCAAAAAGUUCAAACAGGACUUUGUGCAUUAUGCGGCAACACUUUUCGUGAUGGCUCUUGGAUUGACCAUUGCUCUCUCGGUAACAGAUUUGGGAAUUGUUUUUCAAAUUACAGGAGGAGUGAGUGCAUGCGCGAUGGCCUAUAUAUUACCAUGUGCUCUUGCCAUCAAGUUGGAACCUGGAAGAUUUACCUUAUUGAAAAUUGCUUCAGCAAUAACAUUGUUGGGAGGUUUGGUGAUUUUGGGAAGUACGAUUUACUUUGUUAUUUUGCAACUUGUGAAUGGAAAAUAA